ACAGCACAUCUACUCCACCGUGCCAUUGUUGAACACGACUGUAGUGCAAACAUCCAGUUGCACUGCAGGAAACGUUUACUGAACUGAUCGGCUAAUUCAAAGCCAUUGUGCCCUUUUCCGUUUGAGCGGCCAUCAAUCAAAGCGUGAAAGGAUGCGAAUGGCAGCAAUUCAAUGAUAGUGAAAGGGUGAUUUAGGAGGGGAAUAACCAUUGAUUCGAUGAGGUGAGGAGAAAAGGAGAGAAGGGGAGAAGGAGAAAAGGAGAGGAGGGCAUCAGAGGAGGAGGAGAGGGAUUGCAGCAGCACACCCGUGCGUAAAUGUGACCAUCCUCGCUGUGGACUCUCCACCCUCCCUCCUCUCCAUUCCGCACGGGCGCCUCGCUGCUGCCUUUUCCAGCCGGGAUCACCUCCUCGGUGGUCGCUGGACAAAUUUAGACCGUGGAGUCCCGGGUGUCGCGGCUCGGCGCCCUCCUCCAGGGUUUAGGAGGAGCGCCGGGAACCACGUCCAGGUUUCUCCCGGGCUUCGUGAGCACCACCGGCGAGAGUCAUGGCUCGGAACGCCGGGAGAGACGCGGUUCGACCCGUUCGCGGAUGCCCGUGAUGCGGGGUCUGAUCGCGCCGCAGAACACUUUCUUGGAUACCAUCGCCACUCGGUUCGACGGGACCCACAGCAACUUUGUGCUGGGGAAUGCCCAGGUCCAAACGCUCUACCCCAUCGUCUACUGCUCUGAUGGCUUCUGUGAACUGACCGGCUUUGCUCGCGGCGAGCUCAUGCAGAAGAGUUGCACAUGUCACUUCCUGUACGGUGGCGAGACCAGCGACCACCUCACCUCACAGAUGCAGAGGGCUCUGGAUGAGCGGCGGGAGUUCAAGACUGAAAUCAUCCUAUACAAGAAGAGUGGUUCCAAGUUCUGGUGUCUCCUGGACAUUGUGCCCAUUAAGAAUGAGAAGAGUGAGGUGGUUCUGUUCCUCGUCUCACAGAAGGACAUCACAGAGAACAAAGACCUGGACCAGGACAAUGAGUCUGACACUAAUGAGGGGACAGGCCUGAAGGUCCACCAGAUCAGCCGCCCGGCAGGCUUUAGUAUGGAGCGUCGCCGAAGUCGGGCCAUCCUCUACCAGCUUUCCGGACACCUUCAGAAACAAGACAAGACCAAGAGCAAGCUGAAUAUCAACAAUAGUGUUCUGGGAGCCAAUGCCAACCCGGUGCCAGAGUACAAAGUGGCAGACAUCCAGAAGUCCCGCUUCAUCCUCCUCCAUUAUGGCACAUUUAAAGCCGGCUGGGAUUGGCUGAUUUUACUGGCGACCUUCUAUGUCGCCGUCACGGUUCCGUACAAUGUCUGCUUCACAGCAGUCGAGGUACGAGAGGACGGUGCGUCGACAGCAAGGAACCCACCAAGUGUCAGUGACAUCUUGGUGGAAAUUCUCUUUAUGAUUGAUAUUGUGCUGAAUUUCCGAACCACCUACGUGAGCACGUCCGGUCAGGUCGUGUAUGACGCCCGCUCCAUUUGCAUCCAUUACGUCACAUCCUGGCUUUUUGUGGAUCUGAUCGCUGCUUUGCCAUUCGACCUGCUCUAUGCUUUCAAUAUCAGCGUGAACUUUGGGGUGCACCUGUUGAAGACGGUACGUCUCUUGCGCCUUUUGAGACUCCUGCAGAAGCUGGACCGCUACUCCCAGUACAGCGCCGUUGUCCUCACCUUGCUCAUGUCCACCUUUGCCCUGUUGGCCCACUGGAUGGCAUGUGUCUGGUACUUCAUCGGCCGCAGCGAGAUUGAAAGUAAUAGCCCUGCCUCUUGGGACAUAGGCUGGCUUCAUGAGCUUGCCAAACGUUUGGGCACACCAUACUUCUUGGCUCCACUGACCUCCCUACUGGGGGUUUCGGAUUCACCUCAGGCCACCGUCACACCAGACCUGAUUAACUCCAGCCAAUGGAACAGCUCUGGCCUGGAGUCACUGAACGGGGCGAGUUUGUUUGGUGGAGCCCAGUGGAACAGCAGCAGGCCCCGAACGAGGACGCCUGGCGGUACAGGCAUGGCGCUGAGCGGUGGUCCAUCCGUGCGGAGCUCUUAUGUGACGUCGCUGUACUUUGCUCUGAGCAGUCUAACCAGCGUUGGCUUCGGCAACGUGUCGGCCAACACGGACUCUGAGAAGAUCUUCUCUAUCUGCACCAUGCUGAUUGGAGCAUUAAUGCACGCCGUGGUAUUUGGAAACGUGACCGCCAUCAUCCAGAGGAUGUAUUCACGCCGUUCCCUUUACCACACCCGCACCAAGGAUCUGAAGGACUUCAUCAGAGUGCACCGGCUGCCCAAAGCCCUUGAACAGCGUAUGAUGGAGUGUUUCCAAACAACUUGGUCUGUCAACAAUGGUAUCGACGUCAGCGAGCUGCUGAAGGACUUCCCAGAUGAGCUGAGGGCCGACAUUGCCAUGCACCUGAACAAGGAGCUUCUGCAGCUGCCACUCUUUGAGUCAGCCAGCAGAGGAUGCCUGCGCUCACUCUCACUCAUCAUUAAGACAUCCUUCUGCGCUCCCGGGGAAUUCCUGAUCCGGCAGGGUGACGCCCUGCAGGCCAUCUACUUUGUAUGCUCUGGCUCCAUGGAAGUGCUGAAGGACAACACCGUGCUUGCCAUUUUGGGAAGAGGUGACCUGAUUGGCUCUGACUGUCUGACUCAGGAAGAAGUGAUUAAGACCAACGCCUGUGUGAAGGCUCUGACUUACUGCGACUUGCAGUAUAUCAGCCUCAAAGGGCUUCGGGAGGUUCUCUGCCUGUACCCCGACUACGCCCAGAAGUUUCUGACAGAGAUCCAACACGAUCUAACGUACAACCUCAGGGAAGGACACAGCGUGGAGGCCAACUGCGAGAGCAACGGAGAACUCAUGAAGAAGCUUCCCUCCAUCAAGGAGGACGAAGAAGGGCCAAAUUCCGAGGAGGAGCGCUCCCCACUCCCAAAGUUGCCUCCACUGGGCCGACUGGGCCGAGGACUGCGCUCGCCCCUGCGCUCCCCUCUGCGCUCACCCCUACUCCCGCCAAGACCAUUUCGACCAGCGAGCAAUCUUGCUCGGCCCUCCAGCCUGCAGAUUCCUGUGGUGAGCUUCAGCUGCCUGCAGCCGGAGCUUAGCCCUCGCUUUGUAGAUGGCAUUGAAUCAGAAAAUCAAAGCAGUCCGGACACAACAUUUGAUUUUACUGCAGCUAAUUUGCAGCAUUUUCUACCCAGCCACGAUUCAGUAAUAGAGCAACGCGAUGACGGCGACACAGUGCAGGCUAUCGCUACGCUAAAACAUGAGAUGAAGGUUCUUUCUCGCCAGGUAACCACUGUGUGUCAAGAGCUUCAGGAAAUGACCCGACUUCUCAAACCGCUUUUUCACAAGCCCUCCACCCUGCUGAUCCCCAGCACGGUAACCCCGCCUCCCAGCGUCUCCUCGCACACUUGCUCCCCGGCGCCACCGCUUUUUACCCAGCAUGCAGAUGACCAACACCUUCAAUGCGUCCUGAUACCCGAGCCAUCAUCUCCCCUCCUUGACGUGGAGCAAUCGGACAGUUGCAGGAGCGCACGUGCAGCAGAAUUUGACCCACUUCAUUGUUCCAAUUCACGAAUCGUCGCCUCUGGUAAUCCCGCAGCUGGGUCUCCUUGUUCAGUUCCGCCAUCGCUACACAGUUCUCCACAUGAGCAAAAGCUAAUGCAGCUUCCCUCCUGGUCCUCCUCCAUCCCCUCCCUCUCAUCCUCCUGCACACCUCUUCUGCUGGACUUAAUAGGAACGAGUUUAGAGCCAGCGUGUUGCAGCUCAUCCCAAUAUCAGCUCGACCCUUUCUGCCACUCUCAUCCGCAGCCAUCAUUCUCCACAUGCUCACCUCCUGAGCUCGAUGUCCAGCAGGUCUCCGAGGCAGCCCAGACGCAGGAAGUCCUACUGAGCCUGCAGGGAGAGGCAUCGCAGACAGAGCACGCCACCCAGCUUAGCUUUGUGGAUGAGGGGUCAUGAGUGCGAAUGGUGGGCCGCAACUCAACGCUGGACUGAGAGUGGGAAAAUGUAUGACAAACCUGUCUGAGACUGGCAUGUGAUUUUAUAACUCGAACAAAUCAGCAUUUUUUUAAACACAUUAACACAUUCCAACAUAAGAUAAUGACAUUCAAACAUUGCCCCCUGAAAAAAAAAAAUGGGGAAAAAAAAUCUGUAAAUUGUUGCUGAUUAUCUUCUAUGAUGUAAAAUCAAACAAAUAUUGAAGGACAAAGUAUUA